GUUGCGCACGCAAGCUGGGGGCGACGCGUUUUGGCCUCUUCCUCUUGCGACGACGGCGAGCCGGAGGCGACGCGGUGGCCUCUUGGCGUGGCGACCGGACGGCGAGUGGGAGGUGACGCGGUGUCGCCUCUCGCGGAGGCGACCCGGAGCCAACGUGGUGCGGAGAACUAGAUCUGGCAGAGUGGCCCUGUGGGCCAUUAGCGAGAGGUUGAAGACAACUCUCAGAGCUGUUGAAAAGAGAAGUCCGUUGAUUUCUUGGGUCUUGCGUUCUCAUAUCGCUGCGAUUUCUAAAGGAGAGCACCGAAGAGCAGCUAGCUUUGUUGCUGUCAUGGGGAAGAAGAGAAAGCAUGGGGAGAACGGGACGACAAGCAAGCCAAGAGAUGAGAUGCCUCUCAAGAGGUCUUCAGAUGCCUCCCCUUAUUCCUUAUCUGACGCGCUCAGGGAGAUUAGUAAACACAUACAGGUAAAAGAGAACACGGAUGAAUCGGUCCAAAAGCUUGAGCAAAGGGUGCAGCAGCUAGAAGACAAGGUAGAAGUGAAGACGGAUGAUUUGGUCCGAGAGCUUCAGAAUAGGGUGGAAAAGCUAGAGGAUAAGGUGGAAACAAAUGAAGUUCAAGAGAAAGAACGGGUAAGCAAAAUUAAGGAAGAUCUCAGGAAAGAGCUGAACGAGUUUAAGGAAGAUCUCAGGAAAGAGCUCAACAACUAUAAGGAAGAGUUAAGGAAUGAAUUGGAAAACAUUGAGAACAGAAGUAGCCAAUGUUUCAGCGUGUUGAAACAAGAUUUCAAGAAAGAGCUAGAAGUGAAGGACGAGCCCAGCUUAGGGAUCCAAGAGGAAGGAUGGGCCAAAGUACAUCAUUUAAAUGAAUCUCCAUCCCUGAGAUCACAACCACAUCAAAGCGAGACAACAAGAUUUAAACUGAAAAUUGAGAAUAAGGUGGAUCAGGUUGUUUACAAAGGGAAACCUAUACGGACUGAUGAUUCUGAACAUAUAACAGUAGUAUUGUACGAUGGUGACAAUCAAAUUGCACCUGAUCAUCACCUUGCCUCAGCAGUAGUUCAGCUAGUUGUCGUUGAUGGAGAGUUUAAUGAACCUGAGGGAUUUUGGUCCAAAGAUGAUUUUGAAAAAAGAAAAACGAUGCCACGACAAGGGAGUAACCCAAACCUAGUGAAGAACGGCAGGUUUAAACUGGCUGGUGGGAAGUGUCGUCAUAAAGGCGUCAUUAUUACGGACAACUCUAACCGCAGGGAAUUUAUGCUUGGAGUGAUGAUCGUCGGGGAUACAGACGAACGAGUUCUUGGAGGAUUAUCAAAUACUUUCAGAGUGCAGGAAGCAAAGACAGAAAAGGAUCGUGCAAAGCGUAAUAAUGAUGAUAGCAGAGAGGAUUUACUAAGAUAUACAACCGGACAAGUACACAUGCCUAAUAAAAACGGGCAAGGUCAGCGAUUUAGUCUUCAACAAACAAGGCCAAAUUUACCCAGCAUGGCCAACCCACCAUUUCAUCAAGAAUGUAUGGUUCAGGCAGCGAAUAAGAGGCAUAGUUCAGGUUUAGUGGGUUCUCUUAUGGCCAAUGGUAUACCUCAGCAGGGCACCAAUCAACUGGAAAAUCGUGGGCAAGUUCAGCAAUUUCAAACAACAGGGCAAGGUCAGCACUAUCAAACAGGGUCAGUAGUCAGCUUCAUGGAGAAUCAAUCACAAAUAACAUACGGCCCUACAGCGGGAAAUGGUUCAGUUCGUCCACCUUUCGACAACUUACAGCUGUAUCCUGCUCAACAGAGCGCCCAACUGAAAAAUUAUGGGCAAGGUCGGCAACAUAAUAAUGUUCUACGGCCAAUGUGCACUUUCGCCGUCGGCCCAUCGCAAGGUGGUAAUGGUGUUCAACUGGAAAAUCAUGGAAAUAGUUCGGUUGAGCCAGUUCCGGUGGGCCAUUUACAACAGUACCCUACUCAACAAAGCACCGUGCAGUUGGGUAAUCAUGGACAAGGUCGGCAACGUAAUAGUGGUAUGCCAACAACACAAGUCAAUUCCGUUUUCAUGUCGAACCUGCCGCAACAGAACACUACUCAACAGGGUGUGCAACCCAAAAGAAAUGAUUCUGUUGAUCCACAUCCGGUCGAGCAUGUACAGCAGUACCCUACUCAACAAGGCAUCAAUCAACAGGAAAAUUGUGGUCGGCAGCAUCAUAGUGUUACUCGACCUUUCACAUUCGCUCACGAAGCAGCAGGAAAUGGUGCAGGCCGUGAACUUGUAGUAGAGCGUGUACCACAACAGAACGCUACUCAACAGGGUGUUCAAGUGGAUAUUCAUGGGCAAAGUCGGCAACAUAAUUCUGUUACACAAACUUUCGCCGUCCUGCCGUCGCAAACACUCGCUAACGCAGCAGCAGGAAAUGGUGCAGGCGGUGAACUUGUAGUUGAGGAUAUAUUGCAACAGAACACUACUCAACAGGGUGUUCAACUGGAUAAUCAUAGAUCGGAUCUGGGGUUGGGUCUCGGUUUAUCAACUCACAAUAUCCCUACCGGCCCUUCUGCUGGCGAUUUGCAUGACAACUAUAUGGAUGAGACUCUGCGCCACCUCCAUGAUAAUCUACUCGCCCCUGAUGACCCCGGAUACCUUGGACUUCUCAGCCAUGCAGAGGCAGCCGAUCAGGGAGGGCCUUCUGCAGGCACUCGACAAUGGAGCACCAACCAGCUGCAUGCUGGUUAUUCUGCUGGCAUGCACUUGUCCGGGUUUCGCCCUCAAACUGAAGAUGGUGGAUCUACUGUCUCUGGUCUACGUACUGCUGCACCAGCUCCAGAGGGCACCCAGAUGGAUUUCACCCAGCCUACGGUUAUGGCACCAUGGGAGCCAUGAGGCUCGUCUUCUCGAACUACCGAGGCAUACGUACCUUGUUAAAGUAAAGUUAUCUGCCUACCGAGUUGGGGGUUUGUUGCACCCUCAGCUUCUCCCAGAAUCUUGAACCCAUCUUGAACCCAUAUUUUUUUACAAUCCUAACUAGUUAGGAUUCCUAUGGAUAAAAAAAUAUGGGUUCAAGAUUCUGGGAGAAGCUGAGUGGAGGGUCGAUUCUCAAGAUUCUGGGAGAAUCGGCCAAAAGAACUAGGCCUGUCUUCGACUAUUUGCACUUCUGCGGCGUGAUUUGUGCCAUGAUGGUGGGUAAUGGGCAUCGAUAUUGAACCACAAAGUUUGCAUUGCACGUGGUGGGUUAUUUUUUGGCAUUUCUCCAUUGCGUGUUGGUUUCGGGGCAUGGAUGACAGUUGUGAGCAAAGAUUCUACAAGUUGAUAUUUUGUCCGUUAUCUCUAAAUUAGUGCGAGUGACACUGCGGU